AUGAAUAAGUACAACAAACGGUACACCCAAUUUGUUGCCAAAUGUGGUCAGCCGGAAUCAGCCAUCCCUAAAUCGAUUCAUUUAAGCCAACUCAUGUUAGACCUCGACCUCCCUGACUCCGAGGAAUUCAACGAAGUUUAUUUCACCAAGUUCAGGCCUAUCAAUGGAAAGAAAUACCUCAUGGAACUCAACAAUGAAGCCUCCCUCUACGCCUUAACCAGUUGUCAGGAACUGAGGAUAGAGGUUACCCGGAUAAAAUGGUUGCCAUGGGUUACUAGUUGA